ACCAGCAGCAGCAGCAGCAGCAGCAUCAUGCCGGCUCCUCUACUCGGAGAUGUGUUCCCUAACUUUGAAGCAGACACCACCAUCGGAACAAUCAGACUCCACGACUACCUGGGAGACUCCUGGGGCAUCCUGUUCUCGCACCCACGGGACUACACGCCGGUCUGCACCACCGAGCUGGGACGAGCAGCCGUGCUGAGUCCACAGUUUGCUAAGCGCAAUGUUAAGUUGAUAGGUUUGUCCAUUGACAGUGUUGAGGACCACCAUGGCUGGAGUAAGGACAUCCUGGCCUACAAUAAUGAUGAGACCGUCUCCAUCUUCCCGUUUCCCAUCAUAGCAGAUGCUAAGCGUGAAUUGGCUGUGGAGCUGGGGAUGUUGGAUCCGAAUGAGAAAGAUCAGACCGGUAUGCCGCUGACUGCCCGAUGCGUUUUUGUGAUUGGUCCUGAUAAGAAGUUAAAGCUCUCACUGCUCUACCCGGCCACUACGGGACGCAACUUUGACGAGAUUCUACGAGUGAUUGAUUCCUUGCAGUUAACAGCGAAUCAGCAGGUGGCGACACCUGUAGACUGGCAGUCUGGAAAUCGGGUCAUGGUUCCUCCUAGCAUCCCUGAGGAAGAAGCCAAGAGAAUGUUCCCUGCUGGGGUGUACACUAAAGAGCUUCCUUCUGGGAAGAAAUAUCUGCGCUACACACCACAACCAUGAACAGUGGAACCUUGCUUGACAAACCAUAAGACGAACCUCAGCCACCCAUCAGAGGACCAAAUCCCUGGACAAGACUGGGAGACCAAAUGCAAACUGCUUAAAUAAACAAAUGUGCAGCACACUGAGAGUGCUAAAUGAUUACAUACUGUAUGCAGUAGACUCGGGAUUGAACUCAACAAACUACAACAAACCUGCAAACGAACAUAACUACUUACCGAUCACCAGCGAGAUAUCUACUGCACCUUUAUGACUUCCAUAAAAACAAUGUUCCUCAGAACUCAUACUGGCUUCAGACAUGGUGUAACUGUCAUACAGUUAUACAUUGGAGUGCAGAAGUUUGCACACCAUUAAAACAAGACAAAGGUAAUAAACUUUAAUGUAGAGCAUUAAACAUUCGUCUUGAAAGUGUUAUGUUGUGGAUUGUUGCAGGACAUGCCCAUUUUGAAUUAGUAUGGUUUGGGAAUGUUAAUUUAAUUCAUUUUUAUUACAGAAAACGUGUUCUUUCAAAUACCCCGGUCUAUGUAUUUAAGGUUUUCGUCUACUCUCAGAUUAUGUAACUCUAAAGAAAAUGAUGUUGUUGUCCUACAAGAAUAAGUUGACCCAGAUUGACCUUCUGUAUUGAAAUAAAAGUCUUGAAAUUUCCUCA